CAAAAGUUGAAAAUCACUUUUUUUGAGUGUUUUGUAAACAUACCUAACAAAUACUUACUGAUACGCGUCCUCUACGUAUUGGGUCCGUAUUCGUAAUUUAAUAAAAGUCUUGGACUUUUUUUUCAAAAAUACAGAUACUUCCUAUACCCGUAUCUGUGAAGCGAUAUGUGUAUCUAACCUUAUAACCCUGAUUUCAAACACGAUAUGACGAAAAUUUAGUAGCUGCCCAAGCGACCACAAGAUCUGGAACAUAGUAAAGAUGAUUUCGAGAGUAUGAAAAAUAUUGAAAUACUUUAAUUUGUCAAUUUGUGGUUUGAUGAGUUUUAAUUGAAACCAAUCUUGUUAAAAGAUUUAAAUGUAAAUACAAAUAGAAAAUUAAAAAUAUUAUUUAAAGUUAGAUUGAAAUAUUAAUAUUUUAGUUUUUUAGUCUGAUUUUUGAAAUUUUUUAAUUAUUUGCACUAUUAUUAUUUUAUUUAUGAACCUCUAAAUAAUAUAUAUUUUCAAAUUAUACCUUAUAUUAUUAUUAUUAUUAUUAUUAUUUAUAAAUAUAACUCAUACUCAUAUAGUCAUAUCUUAACUUUUGAAGUUGUCGUAUGGGCCAUAUUCACGUAUCGGCCUAUCGUAUCCUUUCAACAUAGCUACCGAGUAUUUAUGACAUACUUCUUCUGUCCAACCACAUAGCUCCAGCUCACCUUCCCUUACUCUUUCGAAAUCUUAUCCUUUUUUCUCCACCACCACCAAUCUCUUCCCACCAAAAUCUGCAAACAACUGAUUUUUUUCUUCCUCAAACCCAUUUCUCAUCUCCUUCACGGCGAAAGCCACCGCACCUGACCAAAUUGAGAACAGAAAAUGUCACUCGCAGUCCACACAAACCUCUCGAAGCCCUUCAAUCCACCAACAUCGAAGUCGAUCACGAGGUCGACAAGGUCUUCAACUAUAGUAGUCUCUUCUUCCAGUCCCUCCGGUAAUGGAUCCUCAGAGCCGUCGCCAUCGUCGUUGAAGGCGUUCUCCGCCGCCCUCGCGCUCUCAUCCGUCAUCUUGUCGGCCCCUGUGCUUCCGGCCACCGCAGACAUCUCGGGGCUGACACCGUGCAACGAGUCGAAGCAGUUCGCCAAGCGGGAGAAGCAGCAGGUGAAGAAGCUGGAGACCGCUAUGAACAAAUACGAUCCCGAAAGCGCCCCUGCUCUCGCCCUCAAGGCCACUAUUGAGAGAACUCACCGCAGAUUUGAUAACUAUGGGAAGCAAGGGUUAUUGUGUGGAUCAGACGGUCUGCCGCACUUGAUAGUGAACGGGGACCAGAGACACUGGGGAGAGUUCAUCACCCCAGGGCUACUUUUCCUCUACAUUGCAGGAUGGAUCGGGUGGGCUGGCCGGAGCUACCUGAUCGCCAUAAGAGAUGAAAAGAAGCCGACCCAGAAGGAGAUCAUCAUCGAUGUUCCUUUGGCCAACCGACUCAUCUGGAAAGCCUUCAGUUGGCCUGUCUCUGCUUACAGAGAGUACAGGAAUGGGGAGCUAGUUGAUCCUAACUUCUAGUAAAUCCCUUCAUCAGGUACCUGGUACUUGGAGUGAAUGGAUAAGCAAGUGAGUUAGACUAUGAGGGUCGAGGUGCAGCUUGGAUUUGAGUUUCUAAGAACUUGGCUACAUUAAUUAAUAUAUAUGUUUGUAUAUCUUUUGCCAUACAAGUCUGUAUGCCUUUGAAGUUGAACACUAAUCGAGCACCGUAUUUUACGUCAAUAUUGUUUCUGACUCUAUUCUAAACCUCAAGCUAAUUGAUGCACUGGAUUUUCCAUUGCCACUCAAGUAAUACUGGACGUCGGGACCCCUAGUAUACC